UGAGCGGCAGGCCUAGGCGCGGCCUGCGGAGCCCGACGUGUCGCUGCCGCGAGUAAAACGAGCGCCCUCUCCGCCGCCGUUUAUUCGUUAAAAUGGAGGAAAUUUCGUUGGCCAACCUGGAUACUAACAAGCUGGAGGCCAUCGCUCAGGAGAUCUACGUAGACCUGAUAGAGGAUUCUUGCUUGGGAUUCUGCUUUGAGGUGCACCGGGCGGUCAAGUGUGGCUACUUUUACCUGGAGUUCGCAGACACUGGGAGCGUGAAAGAGUUUGGCAUUCAGCCAGUGGAAGACAAAGGCGCGUGCCGCCUCCCGCUCUGCUCUCUUCCUGGAGAACCUGGGAAUGGGCCCGAUCAGCAGCUGCAGCGCUCACCUCCGGAAUUCCAGUAGUUGCAACAUGAGAGAGGAUGAGAGCGACCAGGACAAUAACAGAGACUGGUCCUGUGGCGUGGAGGAGUAAGCUAAGCAGAAAGAAAAUCAGACAAAGUCCCAAUUUCCUUUGAAGAUCUCAGCAUUUAAAAACCUAAAGUGGAGAAUUGAGUGAUUCAGAUCUUUUUUUUCUUUUUUAAGUAUGUUACCCCGACGCCCACCCUGAAAUCUGAGGCAGGAGGAGAGGCGCACCUUGGGCACCAUGCAACGCCUGUUGAUGUCAGACACAGAGGAUGUGUACAGGAUCACUGUGCUGCCCCCAGUGCACAGGUGAGCAGGUGUGUGCCCAGUAUAUAGAGCCCUUUGGUUCUUUUGGCCUUUCCAUCUGCCUAGGGCUUCGUGGACUGUUUGGACGUUACUGGUGGGUGUGUCAUAGUUGGUGGGCUUCAGUGGGACUGCUGAUCUUUGAGCAUCUGGUUGGGGUUCUUUGAGACAAAUGAAAAGGCACAUAUGAAAGCUGGAUGCUAACAAUUUCAACUUGGAAAAAAAAAAAAACGAAAGAAUUUCCAUUUGAA